AUGGAUCAACCCCAAUUGCCGCAUGUGAAAUUCGGGACCGGGUCCAGCAACCAGGAUGAAUCCCGCGAUGCACGCCCUUGGAAGAAACAUUGCAAUGAUAGCAACAAUAUAGCAAGCACACUACUCAAGUCUCCACACAACAAUCUGACAAGCAGUCAAACCGCCGCAAACGCCAUAGACCAUGAAAUGAUGUAUAACUGGGACUGUUCUUUCCUUUUGGACGAUGAGGCCAUUCCAUUUCAGGUGCAGGGCUACGAUGCAGUUUUUGAUAACAUGUGGUCCACAGAUGACACUACCACAUCGUUAGGUGAUUUAGAGCCACCACCUGAUUUCGAAUUGGUUGAGAUGCAGCAGACAGACAACAUUGUGUGUUUCGGAAUGAUUUGUGAUAUCCCCAUACGAUUUCGCUCAGAUUCUCCCGUCAACGUCACUGAGAUUUCGAAUCUCCUCACGGUGACAGUGGAUGAAGCAUCGUCCUUUCCUCCACUCAAUUUGACUUUUGAGACCUCUGAGUGCAAGCUCCGAAACACUGCAGGAACGAUCAUUGCUGCAUUAAACACAAAUACAUUCAAAAAGCUGGCUAGAUUGCCGAUGCUUGCACAGUUGAAGGCACAAGGCAUGAUCCAAAUGCAUCAAAUCAAGAAUAUUGUGGAUGGAGCAGGAAUAGUGAAAAAGGGUGCGAUCAUCAACAUCAGUGUGAACUUCUAUGGAGACCCUCACAUCGCCGAAGAAGUCGCGCUUGAGCUCUCACGCUCGGGACUCUUCCUGCAGGAGCCAGAUCUUGUGCCUGAGGGCACUCAUUAUGAGAAUCCCCAGUCGCUGACCCUUCCAGUUCAUGUUCUGCCGCAAACUGAUAGUGCUACAAUUCCGGCUGUUCCUCGCUGCAUAGAGGGUAUCACGGCCUCAGCCCCGACCGACGCGGGCCAGGAUGACUACUACAAUGCUACAAGUUUCGAUCUUGAUUUCGAUCUCAACCUAGACUUCACUUAUCUCCUGGACCAAUUCGCGGAGCAUGACUAUCUAGUCAUGGCGCCGGUUGAUUCAAGGAUCGAAACGCCUCUCUUGAAUCACCAGAAGGAAGGCCUUGAUUUCGUAUUGAAAAGAGAGCAACUCACAUCUCCCCUAACCAGAUCUCUUUGGGAAACUCUAGAGGAUGAACCCGACAGACGAAAAUUCCAGCAUAUUAUAACUGGAGCUACGAGUGAAGAGUCACUAGAUAUCCGUGGCGGCAUAUUAGCGGACGAUAUGGGCCUAGGGAAAUCAUUGGUCAUGAUCUCUGCAGCCGUCAAUACUCUGCAAGAGGCAUUCCAGUAUGCCCGCUCCUUCACAACUCCACCAGACAGUCUAGAGGAACUUGUGCUUGCAGCUCGGUGCACUGUCGUUGUGGUACCAUCUGCUCUGCUCAUGGAGGGCUGGCUGGACGAAAUUAACAGACACACUCGAGGCUAUACUCUGGCUGUACACAAAUAUCAUGGACCGAGUCGUAUGAUCGCCAUCCACAAGCUACUUGACCACGAUAUCAUUCUCACCACCUACGGAACCCUCGCCGCAGACCUGAGACGCAAGCAAUCUUUUAUUUUCAGGAAUUAUACUGAAGCCAUAGCUCAUGUGGUUCGAAAUGCUGCUACGAAUCAAUUCCGGGCUGUAAUGGCUCUCAGAUCUCAUAUCAGAUGGUGUCUAUCUGGUACGCCCAUCCAAAAUUCACUUGAAGAUCUAGGGUCUCUUGUUGCAUUUUUGAGAGUUCCAAUACUGGACCAGCGCGCGCAGUUCCAGCGACACAUUACGCGCCGAACACUAGUGACGAAAAGCAGUCAGCAGCCGGAUUACGACAAUCUACGUUUAUUGCUUGCCUCUAUCUGUCUUCGACGGAACCGAAGCAUUCUGCCAUGUUCCGAGUCUGUGGAGUGCCCAGUAAAGGUCCAAUUCUCUCGGGAGGAACGCGAACGGUACAAGGAGCUCCAGUGCAGCUGGCGAGAAAAAAUCGACAUGGCUGUCAGCGGCCAUAACGCCAAGGCAGCUCACCAAAUUGUUCUUGAAUGUCUACUACGACUGAGAAUAUACUGCAACAACGGCGACCAUCUCCGGACGGAACCUGCAUCCUCUCUGAUCGAGCAAGAGGAGUUGGGGAGUCUGCUACAGCAAGCUGGAGAUACGACAUGCUAUUACUGCAAGUGUGAUGUUUCAACCUUUGGCAGUUCUGAAGACGGUAGCUCUGGAGUCAUUACUCCGUGCCGCGGUGUGGCCUGUAGCGAAUGUGUUGCGAGAUACCGGGCUCAGACUGGUAGUGGUAAGGCAUGUCCAAUCUGCAAAGCAACCCACAACUUUCCGCUCGAUACUUCUCCAGCCACCGAGGCUCCGAAGUUAGGCCUAGAAUUACGAAACCUUCCCUCAAAGAUUCUGGUACUAUAUCAAGAUCUCGAAGAACACAGGCAUGAGAGCAAAAGUAUUGUAUUUUCCUUCUGGAAGAAAACUCUCGACAUAGUCGGGGCACUUCUCGACAAACAAUCCCUGCCAUAUAUGCGUAUCGACGGUUCUGUCCCGCUCGCUCAACGAAAACAAAUCCUCGCACAGUUCCAGACUGCCGAGCAGGGUAUGGUAUUGCUGAUGACCCUGGGCACAGGUGCAGUAGGUCUCAACAACCUCUCGGUUGCCAAUCGCAUACAUAUUCUUGAACCCCAGUGGAAUCCAUCGAUCGAGAGCCAGGCAGUGGGCCGGGUUCUCAGACUUGGGCAGACGAGAACCGUCUCUGUGAUUCGCUACAUCGUCAACAACACCGUGGAAGCUAAUGUACAGAACCAGCAGUUCAGAAAGAUUCUGCUUGCCAGGAAAGGCUUUGGAGAUGGGAAGCAGGCGAAGGCACAAGCACAGUGGCGGACACAGAUCCUCAAAGAUAUGAUUUGUCCCGAGGAGCGUUAA